UGUUAUUUCUGUCUUAUCCUGUCAGGUGUAAGAAAUUGUCUGUCUCUUACUGGAAUUCCUAUUGGAUGCUGCCCUCUGAUGUUUGUGGAAUGAACUGCUUUUGGGAAGCUGCUUUUAGAUAUGAUUUUAUGAAAACUCAUCUUGCUGAGAAGAUGCAUCUAGCAGUGGUUGCCUGUGGUGAAAGGCUAGAGGAGACUGUUACUAUGUUGAAAUCAGCCAUUAUUUUCAGCAUCCAGCCUUUACAGUUUCAUAUUUUUGCAGAGGACAAACUGCACAACAGCUUCAAAGGCAUACUCAGUGGAUUGCCAUAUCAAGGAAAAUUUAAUUAUACCAUAUACCCAAUAACAUUUCCAACUGAGAGUGCAGCAGAAUGGAAGAAACUAUUCAAACCGUGUGCUUCGCAAAGGCUAUUCUUACCAUUAAUCCUCAAAGAUGUGGAUUCGUUGCUGUAUGUUGAUACUGACAUCCUGUUUUUGAGACCUGUUGAUGAUAUUUGGUCUUUUCUGAAAAAAUUUAAUUCCACACAAAUUGCUGCAAUGGCACCAGAACACGAGGAACCUCGUAUUGGAUGGUAUAAUCGCUUUGCUAGACACCCUUAUUAUGGAAUAACUGGAAUAAAUUCGGGAGUAAUGCUAAUGAAUAUGACACGUAUAAGAAGAAAAUAUUUCAAGAAUGAUAUGACAACUGCUCAGCUGCAGUGGGGAGAAAUUCUUAUGCCACUACUUAAAAAAUAUAAACUAAACAUAACAUGGGGUGAUCAAGAUCUAUUGAAUAUUAUGUUUUUUCAUAACCCAGAGAGUCUUUUUGUGUUUCCCUGCCAAUGGAAUUACCGACCUGACCACUGCAUUUAUGGAAGCAAUUGUAAGGAAGCUGAAGAAGAAGGAAUAUUUAUUCUUCAUGGAAACAGAGGAGUUUACCAUGACGAUAAACAACCAACUUUUAGGGCUAUAUAUGAAGCAAUAAAAAAAUAUUCCUUUGACGAUGACCUGGUUAAUUUCCUGUUACAGCCCCUAGAACUGGAACUGCAGAAGACAAUGCAUACGUACUGUGGAAGAAUAUACAAAGUGUUCAUAAAGCAGCUAACAAAAAGCAUAAAAGAUAUUUAUGAUAGAAGAUCAAAGGGAAGUUGAUUUACACUGCAAACUCACAAAACUAUUGAAGUCAAACAAAGACAGAAUAUAUAAAAUGUAUGAAGGAUGUUCAUGCAAGAAGUAUAAUAUUGCUUGCAUCAGCUUAUUUGUAGUAUGCCCAGGUAAAUGUUUACCAGUGUAGAUAAAAUGAAGAAACUAUUCAUAUUAUGAAGAAUAGAAACAUUUUCCUGCAAAGAUAUUUUUAAGAUUUUUUUAAUCACUGGUAAAUUUCAUUCCAGUACAAGUAAGUAUGGGAGCUACUGGCUAUUCCAGUUUUAUUCUGCAUAAUUCAGUUUUCCGUCAUACUGAGAUGAGAAAAACACAGAUGAAGAUAGAUCUGUUGGUAGAGUGUACCUCAUGCAUUAUCUAUGAUUCUGCUAAACUGUGAAUGUAGCAAUAAUUGAGUCAGCACUAACCUCACUUUAAAAGUGUGAGAACAAAGUUGUUUACAAGGGUAGAAGUUAAUUCUGUUUUCAAAGAAAUGUGAUGUAACCAUUGACAAUCUGUGCGUGCGCCUUUAUAUAUGUUCAUCUCCUACAUGUUAAAAAUAUUGUUUUGACAAUCGUUUCAGAUUUUAGAUGUAAACUGCACACUAUAAUCAAGAUUUUUAAAGUAAUUAAUAACUAGUGUAAGAUGAAUUUGUUUUCCCUGUCUAUAAUUGUUAUUUCGUUGAUACAAACCUCAUAACAAAUUGUGUCCAGCCAUCUUGCCAAAAUAUUCCAGCUGAAUUUAUUACAAAGAUUCAAUAUGAGCUUUUUUCUUUUUAUCACUUGCAAUGAGACUUUUUUUUAAAUUUCAUUGAGCUUUCUGGAAGCAGAAAUAUAUAAUGGAAAGUUGCCUCUUAUAUUUAAUUACUAAGAACGAUUGUGUGAUUUGGUAACGAACUGUGAGUGGGGCUCUUAAUGGUUCACCAAAAUACAUAUAGGACAUGUUUCCUAUGAAAACUAUUAAUCAUGAGGAAAUAUUAUACACAAUAGCUAAACCCCUUCACUUCUAUAAGUUUUGUGUAUGUAUUUAAGUGGUUCCAUUGACUCCAAUGGAGCUAUGCUGGUUUACAGAAGUAUUAUGCCCCUGUGUGUUUUUGUUUAUAGGAAGCACGUUCCAUUGUUUUCAGGAUAUACAUUAUUUCCUUUUGAAAAACGAAACAAAAUAAGAAAAAAUCCAUUUGCUACAAUAUUUUAUUACUAUUAUAUGUGAAUGGUGCGUAAUGCUGUUUUAAGUAAUACAUGACAUGAGUUUAGAUAACAGUUCUAAUUGAAAUGAAGUAAUUAUAUGGUUGCUUUUUCUGGGAAUUGCUUUAUAAUCUGAGUCUAAAAGAUCUCUUUGCUGUCUAGUCCUCCUUGCUUUCCAGGAGGCCCCAUAUAAUGCCAUCUUUCUGUUGAAGGAUGACUGGCUCUCAUAUCUUUCAGAUUCAGCUGGAUUGAAGGAGUCGCUGAGCAAUACAAAAGCAUACUCUCUAUUGACAGCACUGCUUCUGUAGCACUCCCAGCCCCUGCUGGUCCAGGGACCAAGAGAUUGAAUGGGAAUUAGAAGCCAAAAUCUCUUGCAUGAUGUGCAGUGCACAACCAAUAGUCUUAUUAGACAAAUCUGGAGCUGUUAUUAAUUAAGGGUUUUGAUUAUAGUUAUAUUAAAUAUAUUUAGAUGCCAGAAGCUAAACUGCUGACUUCACACACAGAACAUCUUUUAUGCAUACCCGUUUUGCAUAUGAAAUAAAAAGUAUGUGAGCCAGACAAAUCAUGUUGAUUCUGCUUUACCAUCUAUUGCAGUUUUUCUUAAACUGUGUUCCGUGGCACACCAGUGUGCUAUGUGGCAGUUGGAGGUGUGCCGCAGAGAACAACAGAGUUCAAAAUGGCAACCUUUUUUUUUUUUUUCCUCUCAAUAACUUUUCCCCUGAUCCUUUUUUUUCCCCCCUCAAAAAAUCCUUGGUGUUCCUCAUUUAAAAAAAAAUGUAUUGUUUGGCGUUCCUCAGUCUUACAAUAGAUCAGUGUUUCUUAAACUUUUUAAGUCACCAAAUGGUCACUAGAGCAUAUAUUCUUAUUUUUAGAAUAUUGUAGAAAUCAGAUUUUUUUUACAUAUUUACUUGUAUUUUGCAUGCUAAAACACCAUAGAAAAUUCACUUCACUAUUGAAACUAGUUCAUAUACAUGGUUUGCAUUCUAAUGAAGUGAAAGAUAUUUUUAAAAACUAUUUAAAAAAAUAUUCCUUAAAAACUGUUUCCAGAUUUAAAUCUAUGACAGUGAAUGAAAUUGUAAAGUUGAGUGACCUGCAGCAUGCAGUGUAUUAUUUUUUUACAUAAAUUUUGUUUUGUAUCUGUUUCUGUCUUCAGUUUUUUACUUCUAUUAAUAGUACUGUGUGAUUAUGUUUACAGACACUUUCAUUAAUAAUAUUCUGCUUUUACAUAUUCAUAACUUAUGGAGAUACUCACCCUUGGGACUGAUGUUUUCGUGCUUGAUCUUUACACAAAUGUUGGAUGUUUGUUUUUUGAAAGUUUGGGUGAAUCCUUUGAGCCAUUUUUGAACAAAAUGUUGAAGAAAAACUGCAGUAACUUUAUCAUAUAAAAAAAUUCCACUUGUAUUUUCUGAACAGAAUGGAAACAAAAAUGUCUGAAUUUGAAAAUUAAAGCUUGUCAUAGAAUAUACACUGUAAAGUUGGUUGUAUUCUCAUUAAAAGGAUUUUGAUUUAACAUUUUUGAAAAAUGCAUUCUGUGUAAUAGAUUUUAACAGUGCAAAAACUUAAGACAACCUAAGUGAACCUCUGGGUUUUGUGGAAAAUGUAAACUUUUCAAAAAUGGUUUAAAGGAACAUGUGCUGCUAGUGACCCCUCCUACUGACUAAUUAGCCUCCCAGCAUAUUUUUUGUCUCCUAGAUUGUUGGAAUUUUUUACAGUUUCUAGUCCUCUAGGAUCUGCAAAUUAUAAAAUGUUCUACUCGUAAAAACAAACUGUAACUUACAAAAUGUAUUUCCUGGAGACAAUUAGAAGAAUGAAGGGCUGUUCAUGUGAGGGGAGAAUCUUACGCUUCCUUAAGAAUUUCUCAAACUGCACGUGGGCAAGGUUAUAUCCAUAGAGUUGUAGAAAUAUGUAUUUAGCCUGAAACUUGGCUGACGUGUGCUUUCUAAUUUUAGAAAUGUCUUGUUUACUACAGCCAUUGACCGGUGCCAUUUGUCAUGAUGCAGCAUUAGCAGGCCAUCUGAGGUGCCUCAAACUCUCCAUUUGGCCUCCCGCUCCUUCUGAUGGCCCUGGAUGUGUGUGAUAAUCCACUUGUAUGAUGAUUUCUGGGAGACAUUCACCUGCCCCAAAACUGCACUUGAAACCACUCACCAAUCUGAUGCCCUCCAAGAUCCUUUCUAGACCUUAAGCAGCCAUAACCCUUGAUUUCACAGUCGAGCUCCCCAUGUCUUUCUGGCAUAUUGUAGUCUUUAUUGUGGCCGAUCAGUUGACAAAAAUGGUUAAUUUGCUGUCAUUGCGCACCUGCUCUCUGGAAAGAAAUGUCUCAGCUUCCUGGAGACUCAAGUCACAGAAUGUGUCACAGCUCAUCAGCAUCUGCAAUUUUCCAUGGUUUUGGCAUGAUACUCUAUAAUUGCUCAGGGUCCACACUUGCACAUUCAUACUUCUCACCCACCUUCUGAUGGUUAGUCUGAAUAAGUGAAUCAAAUAUUAAAACAAUACAUAUAUGCUGCUUCCUGUUUUUCUACCAGGACAAAUUGUUAAGCCUCCUAUUCCCAAGCAAAGUUUGCUAACCAUAAUGCUAUGUCUCUACCACGCAGAAUCAGUUUUAUGCAAAUUGUGGCUUCCCCCCAUUUCCCUCUGACUGUACCUGUCAAGUCCAUCAACUGUGCAGCCACUGACUGUGUGGCAAAUUCAUGAGGUCCAAGAAGAACUCCAGGCCUAUCUGGAUAUAGACAAGGCCAAGGAAAACUACAAGUGAUACUGACUGCUGGCAUCAAGAAGGCCUGGCAUUUAUCAUCAAGCAAAAAAUGUGUCUUUCUGCCCCAAACUUAAACACCAGCCAACCAGGUCAUAAAGUGGCCAUCAAUAUUCUGGUCCAUAUUCUGUCAAUCAGAUAAUUCAACCCAUGGCUAGAACAUAAGAAUGGCCAUAUUGGGUCAGACCAAAGGUCCAUCUAGCUCAGUAGCCUGUA